AUGGCAAAGGAUAAUACCCAACCAGACGUGCUGCGAAGCGCCGAGGCCACGCCCAUCGCCAAGCUCAGCCCUGCCAUAGCCGACGCAGCGGCGCUCGUUGUCGAGGGCGUCGUCACCGUGACCUGGCCGUACAGCGUUGUGAGCAAGUCCAUUGCCUUCAUCCUCGCCGAGCGCGACCCCCUGCACCGACGCGACAAGGGCCAGCUGCGAGUCGAGUUCCAUGGCGCUGCGGGCAAGGCGCUUGCGGCCUCAAGCUUGGGGGGCGGCGACGAGGUGCGCCUGAGCUUGGACGGCGUUGCGUGGGAGGAGAACCAGGCGUGGACGAGACAUCCGGGCAUUUUGGAGUGGCAGCUGAGGUUUUGCAAUCGCUUGCUGCUCAAGAUCCGGAGGGCGGACACACUUGCGGUGGACACCAUUGAUAUUGAUGCCGCGGAUGAAGAGGAAGACCAGGAACCGCUGCAGCAGCUUCGAGAGCCGAGUCCGACGCCGUCUAUUGAAAUCGAACACACACAAUUUUCAACACCGUUGCCGCGAACACCGCUCUCCACGAUACCUUCUAAACGAUUUGCGUACGAGUCGCUUGGGCCUGGCGAGUAUUCCUCUCCCGCCUUUAUCAAGCGAGCAAGAGUCUCAUAUGGCUCCCUCUUCGAGGGCGGCUUUGACAUAUUUGAUGAAGAGGAGCCCGUGAAAGAUGUCAAGAAGAAGAAGAAGAAGAAAUCUCGGUUCAGUAUGAACCCAACAGCUUGGCGAUAUACCAGUCGAUCACCUUCGCCCGAGGAGGAGCAAGAGCAACCGGAUGAAGAAGCAGAGGAAGCCGAACUAAAGCUCGAUGAUGUCGAGGAGCCUGUGGCGGAGGAACAAAGGAUCACACAAACGCAGCCUGUUAUGGUGGAUCACGGAUGCCAGACUAGAGAGUUGAGCUCCAGCCCCAUCAGAGGUGUUCAAGUCAUUGCCGAAUCCAGAUCGACCGGAAUACUACUGCAGCCCACCCCAACCCACCCCUGGAAGCAUGUUGGAGUGGACCAUGUGCUGCAAGAGCCGUCGCCUCUCUCAUUCGAUUAUGCGGUUGUCCAAGACGUACACCCUUCAAUACACGAAUCGGAGUCCCUUAGCCAGUCUGAAAUGCAUCUGCCACACGCCGGCUUUGAUAUACCCAUGGAUAUAGACCCAAGCCUACAGCCACAUGAAGGAGAUGCUCAUCAUCACCCUACGUACGAUAUAACGGCGAGUGAGAUUCAGCCGCCUCAACUACAAGAGCAUGGGCUUCACGAUGCUCAUCUACACGAUUUGGCUUGGGCUGCCGAGGCACUGGCGCCGGGGUAUCCUGCGGUGCCAACACACAGGACACACGAUUUCCAACAGGGUAGUUUUGAUCGAUCAACCUUCACCCUGAGAGCUAGCCCUUCCGAUGAGACGCAUACGCUGGUGUCUGCUGGGCAUCACGGCGCGGAAAUGCAUGGCUACGUCCAAAUUGAUGAAGCACGGAGAGCGUCAUCGUCAUCCUAUGUACAACAGGAUGGAGUAAAGCCCAAUAACAGCUAUCCUGAGCGUUACGAAGAGGAUACAGAGACUGCUACAGUGACCGCUACUCUAGGUAGAGAAGGUAGAUCCAGUCCUCCUCAAGAAGAAUCUAGUACAGACGAAUCUGAAGAGGACGAGGAGGGGGCAGAAGAAGAAGAAGAGAGCAGGCCCAAUCGCUACUACGACUGGAACACCGGUCGGUAUCAAGAGAGAUAUCCUGAAGAAGAGGAAGAAGAAGAAGAAGAAGCUGACAACCAACAAUAUGCUGGAUAUGAAGAUGAAGAAGAAGAGGGAGAGGAAGGCGAUGAGGAGGAAGGUGAUGAAGAAGAACACGAGGAUGACGCGACUGAAUCUGAAUCCGAAGAGGAAUCCGAAGAGGAAUCAGAGUCCGAAUCUGAACCUCGGGUCUUUAAUCGUUUCACGCACCCGGCGCCACCAAUUCCCAGGCCAUUUAUGCCAAUCCCGAAACCAGCCCCGGCUGUUCCCAAGGAGCCGAUAUUCAUCAGCCUCUUGUCCGACUCAGAAGACGAUGGUGACAAUGCGCCUGCCCCCAUAAAAGCUAAAAAGGAACCGAGCGAGGAGCCUGCACUUCACGAACAAGAUGAGGUUCAUGAGCAGACAAGUGAACAGGAGGACGACGUCGUCGACGAACUCGUUGAUGAAGAUGCCGAUGAGACCAUGGACGAAGAUAUGGAUGAAGCUGGAGACAAAUCUGAUAUCGAGGAAGCAACUGAGAUCAGAACGGUAGCAAGCCGAUCAUCCCGCAGAUCCAGCCGAAUAAGCCAACUGGAUGGCUGUGAUGAAGACACCCUAUAUCAAGACGAGGAACCUAACAGAGGAGACAUCAGUCAUGCGGAAAUGGAUCAUCCGAAUCUAAUCAUAUCUCCCAAAGCCUACAAGACACAGCAGCAUGUUGACAUAGCUGAAACUCUAGCUCAGGCCCAGGACGAGUCGCCAAUGGUUAGCUCUCCGCUUCAGCGCAGGAGCUCAGGGCAACGCGAACUCGCGGCUGCUAACACAGCUAAGGGCGAAGAGAUUCCUACCGUGGAGAUGCGCGGUGCUUCUGAAUCACCAGUGCCGGAGCCUAUCAGUGUCGAGGCACCGGCUGUUUUAGAGCCGAAUGACGAGAUGCCAGCAGUCAAGCAACAACAAGUACAAGAGCAAGAGCAAGAACAAUCGCCAGGGAUUGUGAAUUCUACGGAACAACUUGAUGAGCCCUCUCUACAGACCCCAGAUGUGCCGGCGGAAAUGACAGAUGUGACAGAGGCCCCGACACAGCAGCCUAUCGCCAGUGACGACUUACAUAUGGAGGAUCUACAGCCAACUACUCUGGAAGACCAGCCACCCAACGCCGGGGAAGAGGCAGAAGUCAAUGCGACCGAGCAAGACGUUGAGAUGCAGGAUGAUGCGCUACAUCAGCUCAGCGAGGAGACUGAGAUUGCUGCGAAAGAAGACGACAAAGAGGUGGAUCAAACUACCACAGACAUAGUCUCGAAGGCCACUAGGGAGCCUGAAGUGGCUGCACCAUCAACACCUUCAGCGACGCAGACAGAGCCAUCUCACUCGGUGUCUAUGGCCGUUGCAAUCCUGGAGGAGCAAGAAGUUACGGAAAAGCAGCUGCCAACUCCGCUAGAGACUCAACAAGACGACUACGAAAACAGCCCUAAUGUGGUUGACGUAGCCCAUAUCGAGGUGCCGCCGGAUGAGGAGGGUGUCAAUGAGGGCAUCGAGGAAGAUGUGGAGGAAGAUGUGGAGGAAGAUGUCGAAGAUGAAUACAAAGACGCGGACGAAAACAUGGACGAAGAAUAUGAGGAUGCAAGAGAGGAGGGAGGUGACGAUGACGACCUUGCAAUCGAGCAGCAGCUCAUGUCUGAAUUCCAGCAUUAUUCCACCCCCCAGAAGACGCGCGAUGCAGACCGUGUUGGGCAGGCUAUCUCGCAACCCCCUGACACGAUGGAGAAAAUUGAGGAGAGCCAACAAAGUCAACAAACCCAACAGCAUAGCCAACAUAGCCAUCACGGGGAACACUGCGGCCAUGACCACGGCGUCCACGACCACGGAGUCCACGAACGAAAUUCUCGCCGAGCAGACCCAGAGAUGUCGAUAACAUUGCAAUCUCUUCGGAGCCACUGUCGUGCUAAGAGACUGUCAAGUGAUAGCGCCGAUAGUUUGUCAACCGAUCCCAGUGUGUUGCUGGCCAAGGGCUCUCCUACCAUGGUGCAUCGUCAAUGUCUGCUUGGGGAUAGCGAUUACCUUCCCCAACGAUCACCACGGUCGCCUCGGAACAAGACCGAGCAUUCGGACCCCAGUAUUGCGCUUGCCAAGUCAUCGCCUCGCAAUUCUGUAUCGCCAAAGGAUGCUGGGGCAUCGGUCUCGUUGCGCGCAAGACGUGGCGUUAAGGGCUCGAUUGAUGCCAGCAUCCUGCUAGCACAAUCCUUUUCGCCUCCGUCGGAACGCAGUCCAGCUAGCCCAACGGCGUCGUUACGUGCUGGUCGGCGCAAGUCUGAUAAAUCGGAUCUGAGUGUGCAGUUAGCGACAGCCAGCCUCAACAAGGGCUCUCAACAACAGCAGGUGGCGGAAGAGGGGGAACAGGAGAACGCCUUGGAUGCAGCUCAGGACGCGUCAGCAAAUCCUCGCCGUGACGGUACGCCCGAGCCCACGGUGACAGGCCACAAUCUGAGGUCACCCCGAAAACCCGCCGCCGUAUCCUCUACCAAGACACCCUCUGUCGCCAGCUCCGUUGCAGAGGAUGGGAACAUGACAUCCCUGAAGCUACAAUUGUUGAAGAGCUUAAGAACUACCCUACCGGACUGUCUGCCACUCAAAUCCCUGCGCACCUCCUUGACCAAAACGGCCGAUAUUUUAGCCGUGGCUACCCUCACUCCGCGCCAACCACACAGACCGAAACAUGGUCCCCGAGACUACAUGCUAGAGCUGUACCUUACCGACCCCUCAGUGGCGCCCACGGGCGUCAACAUCGCGCACAUCUUCCGGCCGCACCAAGCCUCCCUUCCUAUAGUUCAGGCCGGCGACAUUGUGCUCCUGCGCCGCGUCCAGGUGGUGUCGAUGCAGGGCAGGGGAUUCGGCAUCCGCGCCGGAGAUGCCUCGGCAUGGGCAGUCUUUGAAAAGGACGACGAUGAGAUGCUGCCGCAGAUCAAAGGUCCCCCGGUUGAAGUCACGGAUGAAGAGGUUGCCUAUGUGCAGGGCCUCCGAAGGUGGUGGGGUCUUCAGGAUGACAAGACAUUGGCCAAAAUUGACAAGGCGAAUCAUAAGAUGUCACAGGCCGUCAAGGAUGAU